AUGUCACAACCCGAAAACCCAUUCGCUAGCUUAAUCCCAGACCAGCAAAUAGCAAUCAUUCCCGAGUUUACCUUGGAAUCUGGCAUCACUCUAAGAAAUGUUCCCGUCGCCUACACAACGCGGGGCAAGCUCAACGACGCUGGCGACAAUGCCAUGGUUAUAUGUCACGCUUUGACCGGUAGUGCCGACGUGAGUGACUGGUGGGGUCCUUUACUCGGUGGUCCGGGUCGAGUGUUUGAUACUUCAAGAUUCUUCAUCGUUUGCAUGAACAGUCUGGGCAGUCCAUAUGGCACAGCCAGUCCCGUCACGGCAAAACAUGGCGAUGUAUCAAAGGGAAACUACGGGCCAGAAUUCCCACUGACCACCAUUCGUGACGAUGUCAAGUUGGAAUGGUGUUCUUUGUGUUCUUUGACAACAGACCCAGGCACCGGGGACGCUGACUUGUUUUUUAGCCUCCACAAACUUCUUUUGGAUGAUCUGGGAGUGAAACAGGUUGCUGCUGUCAUUGGGGGAUCCUUGGGUGGCAUGUUUGUUCUGGAAUGGGCGUACUUUGGCAAGGACUAUAUUCGGUGCAUUGUCCCCAUCGCCACGUCAAGCCGACACAGUGCGUGGGGCAUCAGUUGGGGUGAAGCCCAAAGGCAAAGCAUCUAUGCUGACCCCAAAUAUGACGAUGGAUACUAUCCAUUCGACGACCCGCCGGCAACCGGGUUGGGCGCCGCCCGCAUGGCCGCUCUACUGACAUAUCGAAGCCGCAACUCGUUCGAAUCUCGAUUCGGUCGCAACAUUCCCGAUCCGUCCAAAGUCCAAACUAUCCGUGAGCGGCCGCGGCCUAGCACGCCUUCGGAAGCACACUUUCAUAUUCAUAAUGACGGACACAACAUCAAGCGCAAGAGCACCUCUCGUCAGGCUAGUGCAUCACCCGGCAGUAAUAAAGCAACGACGCCUCCAGCAGAUGCCCCAGACCCGCAGUUUCACGGGCCUCGGAAACACGAGGGGGUCGAUAGCGAGAGCUUGACCGGAGGCGAGACCCUCCCACAGUCUCAGUAUUUCUCGGCGCAGUCAUAUCUACGGUACCAAGGCACCAAGUUCGUCAAGCGUUUUGAUAGCAACUGCUACAUCGCAAUGACUCGCAAGCUAGACACGCACGACGUGUCAAGAGGUCGCGCAGAGACCAUCGGCGAUGCCUUGGCCAUGAUUGAGCAGCCCACUUUGGUUCUUGGCAUAGAAAGCGAUGGGCUCUUCACAUUUGCAGAGCAAGAAGAAAUUGCCGAGCACGUCAAAAAUGCCCGGCUGGAACGGAUUGAGAGCCCUGAGGGCCACGAUGCUUUCCUCCUCCAGUUCGAACAGGUCAACAACUACAUCUUGGGUUUCCUCAAAGAAGUACUGCCUGACAUCAUGAACAAAGAGGGCCAAGCGCCAGAGGAACCCGGUGUUGGCAAGUUGACAAAGUCCAGUACUUUUGGCGAAGCAGAAGUCGAAGAUAUUACAGCAUGGUAG